UGUCGGACACGUAGUGGGAACGAGCAGGUCCCGAUGCACAAGUCACGGCAACCCUGGGCGGAGAUGAAGGCGGACUCCGACUGGCUCUGAUUUUUAAAAGCCCUUUUCAUUCAGGAGGUUGGUUGCCAGUUGUUAUCAAUAUGGCAGAACCGUUAUCCCAAGCACCCACCGCUGCAAAAAUGGCGUCACUUAACCGGGUCCGAGCUUUGGCGAUGAUUUUCUUAACUGUCACUGGCUGCUGUGUCACCCCGACAAGUGGCAAGGAAGGGUCCGAGGAGACCGUCAUCAUAGGGCUCCGACUGGAGGACACGGACGACAUUUCCUUCAUGGAUAAGGGCUACCUGCGGGUGAGUGAGCGCUCUCGGGUAAAAUUAAGAGUGUACGGGCAGAACAUCAACAACGAGACCUGGUCCAAAAUUGCUUUCACGGAACAUGAGCGGAGCCGGGCGGUUGGGAGCAUUGACAGCUCCUCGGGGGAUAACCAGAGCCAGGAGGACUCGUCCGGCUUGCAUCCCUGUGGUUUUAGGACUUCGGAUAUAAUGAUAUUGCCCUACAUCAUCCUGAAUCGAAAGACAUCCGGUAUAGUUGAAAUUGAGGUCAAACCUCUGCGAAAGACGGAGAGGAGUAAAACGUAUUACCUUUGCAUCGCCACCUCGACACCAGCCGUGGCCGGGAUGCACGACCCGCGGACGGAGAACACCUGGAUCUACCACGAUGGGGAUGACACCAAAGUGAUAGUGGUGGAGGAGAAAAAGUUUCUGCUGCCUUUCUGGCUCCAGGUCAUCUUCAUCUCCAUGUUGCUUUGCCUGUCCGGUAUGUUCAGCGGGCUGAACCUGGGGCUCAUGGCUCUGGACCCCAUGGAGCUCCAGAUAGUCCAGAACUGCGGCACGGAAAGGGAGAAGAAUUACGCCAAAAAAAUAGAGCCGGUCAGGAGCCAAGGGAAUUAUUUGCUGUGCUCUCUUCUGCUCGGGAACGUGUUAGUGAACACCACGCUAACCAUCUUGCUGGAUGAUAUCGCCGGUUCGGGCUUGAUUGCUGUUGUCAUGUCCACCAUCGGUAUAGUCAUUUUUGGGGAAAUUGUGCCACAGGCCAUCUGCUCCAGGCACGGCCUCGCUGUGGGAGCCAACACCAUAUUCCUCACCAAGUUCUUCAUGCUGCUUACCUUCCCUGCGUCCUACCCAGUCAGUAAGCUGCUGGACUACCUGCUCGGACAGGAGAUAGGAACCGUGUACAACAGAGAGAAGCUUCUGGAGAUGCUGCGCGUCACGGACCCCUACAAUGAUCUGGUGAAAGAGGAGCUGAACAUCAUCCAGGGCGCGCUGGAGCUCAGGACUAAGACUGUAGAGGACGUGAUGACGCCGCUGAGGGAUUGCUUCAUGAUUCCUGGGGAUGCAACGCUGGACUUCAAUACCAUGUCUGAGAUCAUGAAGAGCGGCUACACGCGCAUCCCCGUUUUCGAGGGCGAGAGGUCCAAUAUAGUGGAUCUGCUCUUCGUCAAGGACCUGGCCUUCGUGGACCCGGAUGAUUGCACUCCGCUCAAAACCAUCACAAAGUUUUACAGCCACCCGUUGCACUUUGUGUUCAAUGACACCAAGCUUGACGCAAUGCUGGAGGAGUUUAAAAAAGGAAAAUCCCACCUGGCCAUAGUUCAGAGGGUGAACAAUGAAGGUGAGGGAGACCCUUUCUACGAAGUUCUGGGUAUUGUCACCCUGGAGGACGUUAUUGAAGAAAUCAUCAAGUCAGAGAUCCUCGACGAGACUGACCUAUACACUGACAACAAGACAAAGAAGAAAAUCACGCAUCGGGAAAGAAAGCAGGAUUUCUCGGCCUUCAAGCCUACCGACAAUGAAAUGAAGGUUAAAAUAUCACCUCAGCUUCUGCUGGCUACCCUGCGUUUCCUAGCAACAGAGGUUGAGCCAUUUGCACCGAUGCAGAUGUCAGAAAAGAUUCUGCUGCGCUUGUUGAAGCAUCCAAAUGUCAUCCAGGAGCUAAAAUACGAUGAUAAGAACAAGCGGGCACCAGAGCACUACCUCUUCCACAGGAACAAACCUGUGGAUUAUUUCAUCCUCAUCCUGCAGGGGAAGGUGGAGGUGGAAGCAGGAAAAGAGGGGAUGAAGUUUGAAGCGGGACCAUUCUCCUUCUAUGGGAUAAUGGCUCUGACAGCCUCACCAGUGCCUCUGUCACUGUCUCGUACAUUUGCAGUCAGUAGGGCUGAGUCAUUAGCAGGAUCUCCAGAGAAUAAAUCUCCUCCACGGCCAUUUGGACUGAAUCACUCCGAUUCUCUGAACAGGAGUGACCGUAUAGAUGCCAUCACCCCGACUCUGGGCAACAGCAACAACCAGCUCAACUCCUUCCUGCAUAUAUAUGUGCCUGAUUAUUCUGUCAGAGCACGCUCAGACCUGCAGUAUAUAAAGGUGACGCGACAACAGUACCAGAACGCUGUGAUGGCGUCGCGGAUGGACAAGACUCCACAGUCGACAGACAGUGAGUUCACUAAGAUCGAACUCACGCUAACAGAGCUCCACGAUGGAGUGGAGAACCCAGCUGUGGUCACCGCCACGGCUACCACCACUAUCACCACCCCUGCUGUGGCCUUUGCCGUGGCCAACGAAACGUCCCACCUGCUCAACCAGCAGCAGAACUGUGUGGGUCUUAGCAGGAGCAACCACUCCUCCCACAAUGAGGGACCCAUCUAGCCCCGCCGAGCCCGGUGGAGACCCAGACCCUCCACCCUGUCUUGUGGAAACACACACACACACAGUGAUGUAGAUGAAGAUGAGGGAACGUGGGGAAGCGGAGGCAGGUGGAGUGAGGGUUCUGCUCCAAUCAGUAGCCCCCAGUCAGUCAGGCAGUGAGACCCUUUCAUGAAGGGGCUAUGGGGAAGAUGGGUGCUGUGUCACCCUGAACACCCCCACCUGAACGCUGUCAGAAUCCCUGCUGUACUACACCCUCUUCCGGAGGGUGCACUCGGACAGUACUGUGUUACUGAGCUUCGUUUUUUUGGGACAAUCGGACACUGUCAUAGCGGUAUCUUGAACAGAGUGCAUACACGCACGCACACACACAUAACACAGCACUUGCUGUACUUGCUCCUCAGGCCAAAGACUUUGGUCCCCCCCCCCCUUUCGUACACUGUCUAUGCACACAUACACUCUCAAACACAUUCACAAUCAUGCACAGAAGGAAAUGCAACUCCCCCACCGGUGCAUCUUUCAGGGAGCCUCAGUCAACUGUUGAUCCCAUCAGCAAGGGCUCAAACCCAAACAUGCAGAGAGGUUAGUCAAAGACUGCACCAAAAACCGCUUUGAAAGAAACCGUUAAACCACGAACCAAGAAUGUUUUCCUGUAUUUAUUUAUUUUAUAAUAUUGUAUGUAUAUAUGUUUGCGUGAAGAUAUGAUAUAUAUAUUAAAAAAACUGGCAUAUGAGCAUGCAUUAGUGUGCUACAGAAGUAGAAUAUGCUACAUAUAUGGGGAUGAACAUCCGUUCUUGUAUAGUGCAUUCAGAAAGAUUUCACAGCCUUUGAAUUUUGUUGUUUUGAAGAUUUUUAAAGUAGAUUUUUUUUCUGACAGUCUCCACAUAACAAUAUACCGUGAAGAAAAAUCAAGAACAGGUUACUGAGGUGCUAUGUAAAUUAAUUGCAAAUAACACUCAAAUAUUCCAGGAUAUCAGUAUUCAGAUACCUUACCUAGUACUUUCCUUAGAACAUUGCAGAUCUUUGGUGUGCACCAACUAUCAGGUCUGUCCAGAGUUGCUGUAUUGGGAUCAGGUCCUGACUUUAGUUGGGCCACUCAACAAAUCCACUACUAUAUGUUACUGAGAUUCUGAGCUCUCUUUAAAAGGUUUUCACUCAGGACUGCACUGGAUAUAAUUCUGCAUCCAUCUUCCCACAUAUCUUUCCUAGCCUCCCAAUCCGUGUCACAGAAAAGAGCUUCCCCAGAGCACGUGUUUGACUGCAGGAAUAGCAUUAACGAUUGUUGCCCAGACACAAUAAUUGUGUGUCUUGUAGUCUGAGAUCUUGUCAGUUGCCUUUCAGUUUUUCAGAAGUCGAUCAUGUGCCUUUUUAUUAAGGAUUGACUUCCAUUUGGCUACUCCACCAUGAAUGUUUGGUUGUUGAAGUGCUACACUGACAGCAACGUGGACCGCAAACAGCGUGAAAUUGGUCUCAAAGAGGUGUUUCCUCAAAAACCUCCUUGCAAACACUUUGGCUGCUAGCAGGUUGAGUUCAUAAGUAGUUUGCAUGGAAGAUGGUAACUUGUUUGCAAGCAUUCACAAACCUUAAGUGUAAAAGUUGCACCUUGCUUUGAUUGUUGACUGUUGAUAAAGGAAGGAAGCACCAGAGAUCAAUUGUGAGCUUCAAACAGAAUAAUGAAUCAUCUAAAUGUUUUAGUGUUUGUUAGUCUGGAUAAAAAAGACACUCCUAAAACCUUUUAAGGAGUCAAAACGUGGAAAUCUUGCGAGGGUGUGAAAACUUUCCGAAUGCGCUGUAUAUGAGGAGGUGAGGGUAUUUUACAGAAACAUAUGUAUAUUACAGAUCUUGUUAUUUUUACUAUUAUCCUAAAUCAGGCUUAUGGUACAAUAUAUUUUUCACCUUUUAAAAAAAAUCACACUAUUGCCUUUAAGAGAAAUCAUAUAAUUAAUUAUUUUAACAAAGUGCAAUGAACCGCAGUUUAUUUAAGAGAUGAUUAUGAAUAAAAAAAAUUCACUGUACUAUAGAUUUACAGAUUAUAUUUGUAUGUAUGUACUGUAUGUAUAUUUGUUUUUGUCUUAGUCAGUCUCUCUUUACCCUUUGUUUCCUUCAUGUUUUUGCAUCCGUUGACCUCAGACACGUCUGCUAGUUCAUUUGGGAGUUAUGACGCCAAGAUUUGUCACCACAGUAUAGUUUCCGGGGUGGGGGGAGGGGUUCGCAGGUAGCGGAGUUGUGUGAAAGUCCAGCAUCUUAGCAUGUGGGGGUUAUGUGUCUUUCUUCUGUUGUUGUCAAUUUUACGCAUAAUCAGACUUGAUAAUUGCACAGUAUUAAUGACCUCAUCUAACAUGUUGAGCACCAUCAACGUCACAAAAAGCAACCUCGACAUUAAACGUGUCCAUGAAUGAUACACA